CUAGCUCGAUCCGGCCUCUCGGGCGCCGGAGCAUCCUUGAACGCGGGCUUCGCGUUCGGGAUCCCGCCUAUACUCAAAUAUGGUAGUGCGGAGCUGCAGGAGCGAUUCUUGCCGGAUCUGUUGACAGGAAGGAAGCGGGCUUGUAUUGCCAUCACGGAACCCGAGGCCGGCAGUGAUGUGGCCAAUAUUACCACUACGGCGGUUAAGUCGGCUGAUGGGAGGUUUUAUGUUGUGAAUGGGGGGAAGAAGUGGAUUACCAAUGGCAUCUGGUCGGAUUAUACGACUAUGGCUGUGCGGACCGGAGGUCCUGGGGCUGGGGGCCUGUCGGUGCUUUUGGUGCCCUUGAAGGGGUAUCCAGGUGUUACGAUGCGGCGGUUGAAGGUUGCGGGGCAGAAGGCGGGUGGGACGACGUAUAUCGAGUUGGACGAUGUGAAGGUUCCGGUGGAGAAUCUGAUUGGGGUGGAGGGGGCGGGGAUGCGGAUUAUUAUGACGAAUUUCAACCACGAGCGGUUGACCAUUGCCGUUGGGUGUACGCGACAGGCGCGGGUGGCGUUGUCCGCGGCGUUUGGAUAUUGUUUGAAGCGCGAGGCGUUUGGGAAGACGCUUAUGGAUCAGCCGGUUGUGCGGCAUCGGUUGGCCAAGGCGGGCGCGGAGUUGGAGACCAUGUGGGCUUGGUUGGAGUCGAUUCUGUAUCAACUUUGUCAUUUGAGUAAGGAGGAAGGUGAUCGGGUGCUGGGGGGUGUGACGGCUUUGGCGAAGGCGAAGGCGGGUAUGGUGCUCAAUGAGUGUGCACAGUGCGCGGUGUUGUUGUUUGGGGGUGCUGGGUUUACGCAGACGGGCCAGGGAGAGUUGGUUGAAGCGAUUCUGAGGGAUGUUCCUGGCGCGAGAAUCCCAGGUGGAUCGGAGGAUGUUCUUCUGGAUCUGUCGGUCAGACAGCUGGUGAAGAUAUAUCAAGCGCAGGAGAAGAAGUUGGGGCAGUCGAAGAUUUGA